AGCUCGCUAGCUCUCGUCUCUUCCAAAAAUCUCAUUAAACGACACCCCUAGACAAGGGAGAUUGGGAAGAGGGAGAUCUCAUCUUCACACAGUUUUAGGGUGGAUUUUAUUUUUACAAACCGUCCUAUAUGUUUUUUGCCUUGAUCCAUCCGCUUCCCGCCGAGAUCGGACGGAACCUUCCUUCCGAUUAUGAAUUUGAUCAUUCCACAUUUGGAAGGAAACCUACACAGUUUUGACAGGAGCUGAAAAUUGAGUCGUCAGAGAAAUAUUAGGACAUAUUUUCAAUCAUUUUGGUGCCGAAGGGGAGGCAAGAGCUGAGUUUUAUAUUGAGACAUUACGCCAGCUGAAGGCAGAGAAUGUUUUUCCCUGCCAGGACCUGAUGCAAUCCAUUCAAGCCAACAAGUUUGGAGAGAAUGUUGAGUUCAAUCAAUUCAGAACGUCGAGAUGGAGCCCAACUCACUCCAGUGGGUCGGCUCACCGUGUGGCUUGCACGGACCUUACAUUUUCUACAAGGCUUUUCAAUUCCACCUUGAAGGCAAACCAAGAAUUUUGUCCCUUGGCGACUUUUUCUUUGUAAGAUGUACGCCAAAGGAUCCGAUUUGCAUAGCGGAGCUCCAGCUGUUGUGGGAAGAGAGGACCAGCCGGCAACUUUUAUCCAGCUCUAAACUUUAUUUCCUCCCAGAAGACACUCCCCAGGGCAGAAAUAGCGACCAUGGCGAGGAUGAAGUCAUUGCUGUUUCCGAAAAGGUAAUUGUGAAGCUUGAAGACCUGGUCAAGUGGGUACACUCUGAUUUCUCCAAGUGGAGAUGUGGCCUCCAAGCUGGCUCCGUGAAAACCUCGGCCUUGGGGAGGAACGGACAGAAGGAAGCUCUGCUGAAGUACCGGCAGUCAACCCUCAAUAGUGGACUCAACUUCAAAGAUGUCCUCAAGGAAAAGGCUGACCUUGGUAAAUAUAAUUUGUACUUCAAAUCGCAUGUGUGGGCGUAUACAGUAACCUACUUUGUUGUUGUUGUCGUUCACAGACCUUUCUGGAAACCCUGUCAUAUAGAUAAUUUUAUAUAGAUAUAAAAUUUCUUUGACCUCAAAGUAUCCUGGGAAUAUGUAUGGACAGAUUGUCUGGGUGUGUAAGGGAUGGAUGCUGGCUGCCAGAUCGCAGGGCCUUCUCCGUGUGAAGCCCCGUGCCAGGAACUGGGAGAUAUAACACAUGGCCUUAGGCAGCUUCCCAUUGGUGUGAAGGCAUAAGACUUCAUUAGGGUGCCUGAGACUGAAUUAAUGAAGAGUUUAAAUAUUUGUUCUAAGGAGAUAGUAUGACAUCUACUAACACCAUGUCAGAAUUUCAUGUGUUUGUUUACAUUGGGUGGAAAACAGAGCGAAGAAGAGAGAGGAGUUACUUAAUGUGGAGCAGGAGAGCAAUGUCAAAUUGUUUAACCUCCUAGCCUCAGUUUCCCCACCUGAAAAAGAUGGGCACUUUAACACGUCACUGAGAUUUAAGAUAUAAAGGGUUUAGCACAGGGAUGAUUGGUGUACGCGAGGGGCUCCCUAAGUAAUUCUGUUGCUUUAACUUAACACUUUCGUCUCCAGAGACUUUUUGUGACCUUUUCUUUUUUUUUUCUCCCCCUUCUGUUUGUAUCUCCCUGUGGCAUUCACUGACUUAUUCUCCUAGCAUUGCUCAAGACCAAAGUUGUUGACCUCUGAGUUAGACUAGUUAUUUCCUCUUUAGGCAAAGAGGAACUUCACUUUUAACAUAUUAAGGCAUCUUUUUCUUUCAUUCUCUCACAAUGCUGAUGUUCAUAGCCCUAUUUUAUGCCUUAAUGUGACAACUUCCUGUUUUUUUCAGCCUAGGAUUUAACUAUUACAACAAACCUAGACUAUUUACUUAAUUGGCAUAAAGAGACUGCAUAACAGCCGUAAUUGUCUUCGGUGUGAUUCUGAUUUAUGAUGAGCUGUACUGUGCUUUGGGAAUCAUAUUAAUAUUUUCUUGCAAUUUGAGUCAACGACUAACAGUUUCCUGUCAUAUUUUGGUAGAUGUCAGGCGGUAAUAUUUUGGACAUGGCAGCCUGACUGUCAUGUGUACACGUAGGGAAAAUUAUUAAUCUGGUGGUUUUAUUUUAAAGCCCCCAAAUUGUUUUUUUACUAUAUUUCCUAUAUAUGCUGUUACACUCCCUAAUUUCAUGAACACACAGUGACUAGUCUUCUGACGUGUCAUAAUGGUGAAUAAUACAUCUCUUGUAUUACUUUCCUAAUGUAUGCUCUAAGUUGUAUUGCUGUUGUCUUGUAUUUUCCCUAACAUUAAAGCGUUUUUUUUGUUUGUUU